CAUCUUGGACAUCUUGGACAUAAUGCUUCAUAUUUUGACCUGCUGACACAGAAAUAAUCUCUUCAGCCCUCAGAGCAGUUUAACAUUGGAUAGCUAUGGCACUGCCUGCAGCCUUUCUGUCUGAAGACCAGUUCAGCUGCUCCAUCUGUCUGGAGGUGUUCAACAACCCGGUGUCAACGCCAUGCGGCCACAGCUUCUGCCAGACCUGCAUCUCCUCCUACUGGGACAGAGGGGUCGGGGGUGCAAAGUUCUACCAUUGCCCCCUGUGUAAGGAGUCCUUCCACCAUCGACCGGAGCUCCACAUCAACCGAACCCUGAAGGAAAUCACUGAGCAGUUCAAGCAGAUGGCCAACUCUGGAGCGCCAACAGACAGAAGAGAGGGAGGAGGAGCGGAGGAUCAUCAUCACCCAGCCCUAUCUCCACCCUUCAAGCCAGGAGAGAUGCCGGAGAGCGUGUUUGCUGAGAUGAUGACCCGUUUUCAGCAGCUCUCGACUCCCGGGACGCCUCACACCACUAUUCCCCAUCCCAAUGAUGCUCAUCCCCGAAACUCCAGCCGAGUCAACACUCGCCAGGCCCUCCAGGCUCAGAACAGUUUGCACCAUGACCCACCUCCACCGUAUUCACCUCCCCGCAGGUAUUCUGUGAGCAGCUCAAGUGAAGCCUCCCUCAGUCUGCCUCUGUGCCCCGCCCACCUGAGAGGUCUGGAGUUCUUCUGUCGGACUGACAACACCUGUGUGUGCAGCACCUGUGUGGAGACCGUCGAGCACCAAGGGCACAACGUCAUCCCUGCCAUGAGGGAGUGGCACAUCAAGAAGUCCCAGUUGGGUAUUGCAGAGGUGGAGCUGAAGGAGCUCAUCUGUGAGAAAGAGAGGAAGGUGGAGGAAAUACACAACUCCUUAAGAGAGAUACAGGCUGCUGCUGAGAGAGAGACAGAUGGGGCAGUUUGUGCAUUUUCCAAACUGAUCUCCAGUAUGGAGCGCUGCCAAGCUGAGAUCUUGGAGGUGAUAGAGAUGGGUCGUCGAGCGGCUGAGCAGAGAGCUCAGAGCCUGCUGAGGGAGCUGGAGGACGAGGUAGCUGAUCUAAGAAAGAGGAGUACAGCACUGAGCCAGCUGGCUGUAUCUGAAGACUACAUACUCUUUCUCAAGACGUACCCUGCCCUGUCCACCCCCCCACCAGCUAAGGACUGGUCCUGUGUGUCUGUGUCUUCUGAGCUGACCUCAGGGGUGAUUCUCAGGACCGUCAGUCCAAUGAUGGAGCGCUUUCAGGAAGAGCUGCGGAAACUGCCAGAAGUCUGCCAGCGAUCCUUGGCGGACCAGUCUGUACCCAGACCCAAUCUAAAGACCAGGAGGGUUCAAGAAUAUGCAGCCGACAUCACUUUAGACCCCGGCACAGCCCACCCACGUCUCAUCAUCUCAGCAGAUGCAAAGCAGGUGCACUGCGGUGAGCGCCAUCAGCUCGUACCGGACAACCCCGAGCGCUUUGACCGGGUGGUGUGUGUCCUGGCCCACCAGGGCUUCAACUCAGGACGACAUUACUGGGAGGUGAAGGUGGGAGGAAAGACAGACUGGGACCUGGGAGUGGCAUGCCGCUCUGUCAAUCGGAAGGGCAAAAUCACAGUAAGCCCCGCCCAUGGUUACUGGUUCCUCAGCCUGCGUGAUCGGAACGACUACGCCUUUCGAACAGAACCCUCAACCAGCCUGGCUGUCAACAUCAGACCCUCACGGAUCGGAGUCUACGUGGACUGUGAUAAGGGAGUGGUGUCCUUCUACGACGUGGAGGCCAGAGUGCUCAUCUAUACAUUCACAUACAGCUUUCCUGACACCAUCCAUCCAUUCUUCAGCCCCUGUACUAAUAAAUCAGGAAGAAACGAGGCUCCACUAAUCAUUUGCCCUCCUGCGACAACAGAAUGAAAUGAGCUGACAUUUUAAGGAAAUUUUACUUUUUAAUUUUUGGCCUACACAUGCUUCCAUGUAUGUUUGAAGAAGACUGGGACAAUCACAGCUGCACCUCAUUCUUCAUGACAUUAGAGUAGAGAAUGAGCAGGCCAUCGGUUAACUUUCAGGUCCCAUAUUUUACACUUUUCCAGUCUGUUAUUUGAAGUGUUGAUCUUCCAGAAGAUCUGUUU